AUGAGUCUACCGACCUCAUCAUUGCUUUCCUCAUCUUCAUCAUCAUCAUUGAUUGGAGAGGGCAAUUACCUCGAUGAGCUGGGAAUGAGAAGUGCUGCCAUUAUUGUAGCAGCCUCAAAUUCCCCAAUGAAAUCCACCUCCUCUCGGGGAAGAAGGCCCUCGCUCUCAUCAUCUAGUACUUCCAUUGCAGUCAUAUCGAGAAAUUCAUCCUUUGCCAAUUCCUCUUCUUCAUCCUUAAAUUCAUCAAGCCAUUAUCCAACUCUUUCCGAACAAAAUCUUCAACAAUAUCAGGAAAAUAUUAUCAAUUACCAUCAUCCAUCCAGCAAUCCAAUUCGAAGCAAUGCUCCUAGAAAGUUUUCCUACUCCAGAGAAUUACCCUACCAUCAACAAGAUAAUACUUCCAACCCAUCCCAUCUCGAUCGAAUAAUAAUAAUAAUUAUAUUUUGA